ACUUCAAACCGCACGGGUUGAUGUUCCGCUUUGAAGGGCCGAACGAUAAGGUAGGAUCGAUAGCCUUUGAAAAUUGUACGUGACCAAAAUGGCUCAUACAGACAAUGACCAAGACGAGUCCCCUCAAAUGAAUUUAAAUUGCUCCUUUCUAGGCUCUAUGAAUUUGUUUUUGCUAGUGGCUGGAGCUUUUGGCUUUUUUCUGAAUAUUUUUCCGUGUGUGGUGUGUUACGCGAAACUUCGUACACGAUGCGGUCGAACAAGCAGAGACGUUUUGUUGAUGUCGCUGGUUUCAGUGGACUUUUUAACCGUCUGUAUACCUAUACCAAUAUACCUCUCGCUGUACAACAACUGCUCUGGAACUCAGCGAUCAAACUAUAUCGAAAGACCAGCGAUUUGUGAGAUAAUGCACCUGAUGUUUGUGUGGUUAAAGUUGGCAUCGCUGUUUAUAAUUACUACGCUUAACUACACCUCUUACUUGGCCAUGACCGCUCGAGGGAUCUAUCGAAGUAUCGGCGACAGAAUUUCGUCAUCUUUAGCCUGCUCAAGGCACGAGCAUAAACACAGAGAAAGUUCGCGAAAUUCUUCCCUCGUUAUUGUUAAUUUAGUUGUAGGAAUAGCCAUUGUGGCCUUGUUAAUUGCCUCGUUGCCUUACAUUGGCCUGGGUCCUGAUGGAAAGACACUGACACAAUUGUACAGUUCUACAAAGUUGUCUGGAGGAAACGUAACGACUUUAUUUUGCUCCUUAGAGCAAAUAAGCUAUCCCACACAGAACUCAGAUUACACAUUUUUAUUCGCUCUCUUAAUGAGCAGCAGUGCCUGUUUAUUACUACAGAUUGUCCACAAUGUUCUAAGUUGUUUCAACUGUUCAAGUUACUCUCUGGACGAUGCUUCUGCGAUACGUUCCUCCAAGUCCUUUGCUUUGUACAGUGGAAGACUCGGAGCUGAGAGAGACUUUGCUAAGAUGAAAUGUGUGCUGGGUCUGACAUUUCACGCGACCUGGAUUCCUGUAAUGGUCGCUGUCGGAUGCAUCAUGUCCGGUCAUCAUAUCAGCGCUGAAGUCUUCCAAUAUGUGAUAGCAGCAGCGUUUUUGUCACCCAGUCUCAACCCUGUUUUCUUCGCCGCGUUUCUCCAGGAGUUUAGAGACGGUUACAUGGCAGUAUUCCAGUUUAUUUGUGACAAGAUGUUCCGCCUUUGCAAAGACUGUUUCAAGCCACAAUCAAAGCUGGACGAGGUGAUGACAACUUCAGCUACAUCGUCCAUGCUUGCAGGAAAUAGAGCGCAGGUUUAAAGCUGUCAAAUGUCCUGUCACAUAUUGACCGAUGAUAUCGAUGAUAGCUCGCGUUUAAGGACUGUUUGCAGCCUGUAUGUGCUCGCCUGCGAUGGAUUUAGUUGUUCUCUGAGGUUACAUAAGUGAAUCAUUCAUUUUGCCUUAGGAACAACUUAAGACGCAUGUACUUUUAAGAAGAAUGCUUGGUGGGUUAUACAAUAUCUUUCUCGUUUCCUUAAAGCCAUAUAAGAGAGUCUCAUGGCGCUGGGAAUAAACAAGCCAUAGGGUACGACGUUACAUAACGUUCAAAAUUCAGUCAGUUCCCUAAAAGCGCUCCUCUCACGUGCAGACCUUUGACGCAGACCGUGAAUUCCCGGCUCUUGCUACUCUUAUGAAUUUUUAAGGCAAGUUAUCGCAAACAAAAAACUGCUGGUAUGCGUAGAAUUUGCACAAAAUGCUUUGUACCCCUUGGAAUCAAGAGAUUGGGAAUAAGCGAAAAGUAAGUGUCCUACCCCACUCGACCUCCCCACCACCACCAAAAAAGCGUCUGAUUUUGUAUCAUUGCAAUUGUUCGUGGGUUUUCUUGAAAAUCCCUCGCUUGGAGGAAAACGGAAUUGACACUGCAGCUUUAAUUUUUCGUUUUCCCUUUCGCGCUGAAAAAGUAUUUAAAUUUUUCGUCGUUUAUCUUUGUCAUUUAGAGUAGGGCCGACCCGCUGUACGGUCGGGAGACUUUAUUGGGAACUGGUGAUCGUAAGACGUUACUAUUUUCCCUUAAAUUACUACUCUUCAAAUUCGAUUGGACAUUGAGUCUUAAUUUCAGUGAGAAGUUUUUCAUAAUUUGAAUAUAUCUGUAUUCGUUAGGAAACCAAGGGCAGUUUGCGUUUUUAAUCGCAAAAACUAUAGAAUUUAAAAGCUUUAAAUGUUCUUUCUGAGUUUUGACAACUUUCAAUCCUCACGUUUUCAUGAAGAGUUGAGUCUCAACUCUUUAAGGACGAUUCCCCCUGCUUUCAAAAGGCUCCGUCCAAUUCUAAGCGGCCUGAUCUCCGAUGGUUUCGCUCAAUUUCGAACUUUUCAUCUCAUUUAGGACGGUUCUGUCUGGUCCUGGAAGUGUCUGAUCGGGGCGUUUAGCCAAUAAAAUGGAGCGGUGUUAUCUGU